AUGCCAAACAAAGCCCAAGAGGAUGCUGUUAUUAACUUGAAGACACUGCAGGAGAUUUCCAGUCAGCUUGGUUUUGAGUGGACAGUUUUGGCAUAUGAACUUGGCUUCAACAGAACCGAGAUAAGGCGGUUCCACACCAAAUCUACAGAGAAGAGUGUCCAGGCUAGGACCAUGUUGGAAAGCUGGUAUGAGAAGUCAUGGGACAAGCCCAAUAAGACUAAGGUGCUGCAGGAUGGACUGGAGCGAGUAGGCAGACGGGAUCUGGCUGAGAGACUACGCUGCCUCCACUGGGGCCACCAGAAGCUGAGCCAAAGGGUUGAGCUGCCUUCUGCCUUUCCUUACCUCAUCACAGUCCACAAGACCAUCCACAACCAAGACGCACUACGCAGGAUCAACGACCUCAACCGUCGAUACAAAUAA